AUGCCGGAUUUCACGUUUUCGCUGGUGCAGCAGGUCGCUGAGGCGCGGCUCUACCGGGGCUGCUUCCUGGGUCGCGCUGUCGUGGCCAAGCUCCGCUUCCCCAAGCGCUACCGGCACCCGGCGCUGGAGGAGCGGCUGAGCCGGCGGCGCACGGCGCAGGAGGCGCGGUCUCUGCUGCGCUGCCGCCGCGCAGGCAUUUCUGCACCCGUGGUAUACUUUGUGGAUUAUGUCUCCAACUGUAUCUAUUUGGAAGAUAUUGUAGGAUCGAUGACUGUUCGGGAUUAUAUCAUUUCUGUACAGCAGCGCGAAAAGGACACUAGCGGCCUCUUUACCUUAGCAGAGAAGAUAGGCGAGGUUUUGGCUCGGAUGCACGAUGAGGAUCUUAUACAUGGGGAUCUUACGACGUCCAACAUACUCUUGCGGCCCCCAGCAGAGAAGCUGGACCUCGUGCUGAUAGACUUUGGACUGAGUUUUAUAUCUGGCCUACCUGAGGAUAAAGGGGUUGAUUUGUAUGUCCUGGAGAAAGCCUUUCUUAGUACUCAUCCAAACACAGAGACUCUGUUUGAAGCUCUGUUGAAGAAAUACGCAGCUAUGUCAAAAAAAUCGAGCCCAGUGAUCAAAAAAUUGGAUGAAGUACGACUAAGGGGAAGAAAGAGAUCCAUGGUUGGAUAGAAGCAAGCAGACUUUGUGGAAGGGUGGGGAAAUGACUUCUCAUGUUCUGCAAAGGUCUCCAGUGGCUUGUAUUCACUGUUUUGGUAACUUUCAGUCCAAUAAACCAGCUUAAUACAA